AUGAGUGCACCGCAAUCACCUACUUCUGCACCGGCUUCAUCACUAUCACCGAAUACCGAUGGUUGGUUCCGACAACAACCGUAUUUUGCCGCUUUUUCCAAUCCAGCACUAUUGCAAAGCAUCAUGCAUCAUCAAUCUGAGCCCAACAAUAUCAAACAAAGUUUCAACCGGAGGAUCCUUCGCUUGGUUGGAACCCAAGAUCCAUUGCGGUUAUUUUUGGAUUUGGAACAAAUCAAGAAAAAAUGGUUUUUCGCUCAAGAUACACGACAAAUAUCCAAACGAAAGAAGUUUACUCAAUACGUUCUAGACACUCAUUUAUUAGAAAUGCUCUAUCCAAAACUGCAAGGCAAAAGCGAUUUGAUUCGAAUGCUUAUCAACACUUACCGACAGAUCCAACAAGAAGCAUUCGGUAUUGUCUUAAUCAAUAAACAAAAUAAAGUAUUUUUAGUGCAGAAUGAAAAAUACUAUUGGAGUUUUCCAAAAGGCAAACUGAAACUUAAUCCAGAUACAUAUGCAUUCGAAAGUCAAUGGUCGUGUGCAUUGCGAGAAUUCGGUGAAGAAGUCAAUGUGGAUUUAAGUUCAUGGUCUCCAUCACAAUAUUGGGAAGCCCGUUUAGCUGAUAACCGCAUGGUUGGCUUGUUUGUGAUUGAAAAUUUCGAUGAAACAAAAGUUCAUUUCGAAUAUGACAAACGGGAAAUUAUCGAUAUUAUGUGGUUUAAUUUAUGCACAAAUAAUGAUGAAAUGCAUACUUUGAGACAGUACUGGAAAGAACAACAACGAUUAACAGAUCCUUAUUAUACAGCUUUACCAUUCAUCGAACAUUUAAUUUUUGAAUAUUUACCACAUAAAGAACAGAAAUCUUCAACAAUGUUAUCACCUUCUCAUUCGAUGCCCAAAGAACAAGAUGAUAACUCAAUUAUCGAUAAAUUACUAGGCCGUUUACCCAUUUGGCCAUCAAUUCCACCAGUAAACAAGUCCAGUUCAGAUAUAUUGAAUUUACUUCAACCACCAACACAACAACAAUCGAUCGAAGAAUCAUUUGAAACGAACCAAAAGUCAGUGAGUAUCCUUGAUCGAUUGAACGACGCUAUUCGAAAAGCCAAUUGCAAUAAUAAUUGCUCAACGGCGAACACCGAUCAUCGCAUUGCGGUGCAAGCUUGA